AUGGGAUUAUUCGACCGUCUCUUCGGCCGCGGCGGCCAGGCGGAGGUCACCACCGACACGAGCGGCGGCAUGCCUUCGCGUCCCUCUCGCGCCGCUGCUGCGGAAGCGGCUGUCGAGCCCUCGACCGUGCACAAGCAGAAGCGCAAAAUUGCGGCCGAGAGCUCGCCGCGGAAGAAGGCGGCAUCCAAGCCGUCGCCGCCAGAGCUGGCGCCGACGGGCGAGACGUGCGUCGUCUGCUGCACCGAGUCGGUCGAGCUCGCCGCCGGCGUCAAGUGCCCGGCGGGUCACUUCUCGUGCGGCAGCUGCGCCGAGCGGCUGCUCGGCCUGUCGAUCGCGCGCGACCCGGCGGCGGUCGACACGCACGAGAAGGAGCAGCGGUGCUACCACGUCAAGUGCGCGGCGCCCGACUUCAGCUGCGGCGCGGCGUUCGGGCUGAAGGAGCUCGCGGCCGCGAUGCCGGCCGCCGCGUUCGACGCGCUGCAGGCGAAGAAUGUCGAGCUCGCCGUCCACCUGCGGCUUCCCGACGCGGUCAAGGAGCACCUCGCGGCGGCGGCGGCGUCGACCGGCCCGCAGACGACGGCGCAGUACGAGGCCGACUUGCGCGCCGCCUUCCGCCGCCCCGACGGCACGUUCCGCGACGAGCAGGGCUGCCGCGUCAAGCAGUGCCGCGAGUGCGGCUUCGGCCCCGUCCUCAAGAUCAAUUGCGACGACAUGACGGCGCACCACGGCGACGUCGUCCGCGACCGCCGCGACGGCUCGGUCGUGUACCGCCAGGACAUGUCGUGCGGCCACUGUGGCCACCUCAACCGCAGCAGAUGGACGCAGUGGCCCGACUGGACGGGCGAGCGCGUCCUCGGCGCCGUGCCGCGGGUGCCGCGGGCCGAGCCGCCCGCGUCGACGGAUGAGGACGAGGACGAGGACGAGGACGACGACGAGGACGACGACGACGACGACGACGACGACGACGACGACGACGACGACGACGACGACGAGGAGGAGGAGGAGGAGGAGGAGGAGGCGAGCGACGAGGAGGAGGAGGCGGAGGACGGCAGCGAGGGCGAGAGCGAGGAGGAGCGAGAGGAGGGCAGCGUGCGGCCGCUGGCCGUCGGCGACCGCGUGCGUGUGCGCCGCAGCGUGACCUCGCCGCGCUACGGCUGGGGCGGCAUCACCCACGAGAGCGUCGGCACGCUGACCUCCACCGACAACCCGAACCGCGUCGUGGUCGAUUUCCCGAGGCGCGGCUCCCGAUGGAGGGCCGAGCUCCGCGAGCUCGAGCGCGUGGCGCCGCGGGAGCUCGCCGUUGGCGACCACGUCCGCGUCCGCCGCACCGUCCACCGCCCGCGGUUCGAGUGGGGCGGCGUCACCCAUGAGGACGUCGGCAGGCUGCUCUCGGUCGACCGCAGCCGCGGCCCCGAUGGCAUCACCGCGACGGUUCGCUUCCCCAGCUUCCCCUCGUGGAACGCCGCCGUCGAGGAGCUCGAGCACGCUGACGGCGCCGAGGCGCCGCCGGCGCCGCGCCGCCCGGUGGAGGACCGCGCGCGCAGCCGCGGCCUCCUCGACGAGUACGCGCAGCUCAUCGGAAUGGGCUUCGAAGCCGAGGUGUCGCUCCAGGCGCUCGUGCGCGCAGCGCGCAACCACCGCGACGCCGAGCGUCGCGUCGCAACCGCCGUGGGGACCCUCCUCGGCGCGUGA